CGCGUUCUCUGUUUAAAGAUAGGGGCGGGUCUUCCGGCCUCUGCUUUAGCCGUUUCGCCAGAGGAGGAGAGAGGAGAGAGGAGAGAGGAGAGAGAGAGAGGACGAGAGAGGGGGGAGAGGAGAGAAGGGAAGGCGAAUUUGAUCUCUUUGUCUCCCUCGGAUCUCUACUCCCUUUCUCUCUUAUGCCGGGGGAGGAGAUGGAGUCUCCAGCGAGCUGCUCUGCCGACGCCGGCGCCCAGAGGGAGAAGGAGGGGGUUCUUGCGCUGGUGGAUCCGUUCCUCGCGGAGGCCCUGGAGAAUCCUCGCCAUCGGCUCAGCGUUCUACGGAUGGAGUUGGAAAUUCAGAAGUUCAUGUGGAACUCUGAUCAAUAUCAAUUUGAGUUUCAGCACCUCCCAACUUCAUAUCUUAGGUGUGCUGCCCAUCGUGUUGCUCAACACUAUGGGUUACAGACUAUGGCACCUGAAAGCAUUAUAGAUGGUUUAGGUAGCAGAGUAAUAGCAAGGAAAACACCUGACAGCAAAUUUCCAGCUGUCAGUUUAUCAGAAGUUCCUACAAAACCGCCUGAAAAAGAGACCAAUGAACAAGUAAAGAUUGCUAUUCGCCCCAGGCCAAGCAAAGCUUCCCCAAGUGAUGCAGUUGAGCUAGGAAUUAAAAGAUGCGCUACGAGAACUGUGGAAGAGCGGAAGGAGGAAUAUGACAAAGCUCGGGCCCGUAUUUUCAGCAGUUCAAGCAGUCCAGAAGUGGAACAGUUGUCAUCUUCAGCUGAUGGGAGAAGCAUGUGUUCAGGUAAGGAUGAGCAGGAGCAUCAUAGGACUUCAGAAGAAAAUGAAAAGACUAAUACAAAAGAUGGUACUUCUAGAGUUGCCAUUUUCAGAGAUAGGGAAAAGGACCGCAGUGAUCCUGAUUAUGAUCGGAGCUAUGGAAGGUAUGUUAGAGGUCUCAAACUUGGUCAGAAUUUUGGCUUGGGGGCAUGCAAUGCUCUUCAAUCGCCGUUCUUGCAGUAUGAGACAGGGAUUUCUCAGUUUUGUCAACUGCCAGGGAACCAAACUCCUAUGAACUACAACCUGUCUAACCUAACCAUGAACCCGUUUUGUUCUUUCGGAUGUAAUCAGACCACCAAGGAGGCUGUCUACAUGCAGUGGCCCAACCCUGCUGUGAGCUAUGAGAAUUCCUACGAGCAUUUUAGACAUGGCGUUUUCGAGGCUCCAUUUUACCAGCAACCUCUGAGCUUUGAGCAUACACAGAACUGCUAGCACAGGGAAGUUGUGUGAUGUGUUUCUUUAGAGAUGGUAAAGUAGAGACAUUGUUUGAGAGUUGAGACUGUUGCAACUGUUUUCUUUGCAACUCUAGGUUUUAUAUAUUUUGUAGUGAGAGACAUGGUGCAUGCAAUCGAUUCCAUUGCUAUCAUUCUGAUUAAUUUGCAUGGAGCUUGUAUUCUUUGAUUUUAUGGUCCUGUUCUAUGAA